AUGGUUUCCGAAACCACGCGAGCUGCUUCUGCAGCAGCAAGAAGGGCCUCUGCACGCAUGCGUGCGGCCGUGGAAAGUGCAUCGCACACCUCAGCAGCAGGUGAUUCGUCACCUGUUGUUGUGAAUCGUCCACGUGGUGAGUCACCACGUGCGACCGGUACAUCCGCUGCGUCUGCAGUGGGUACUUUGAGUCGUAAUCAAGACAAGUCUAAGAUAGAGCUCAUCUCUUCUGGCGAUUCGGAUGAUGCAUCCGACUCGAACGCGACACCUCGCGCCUCCGGAUCACCCGGGGCGGACACUGCAAGAGCCAGGUUGACUGGCUCUGGUCAACGCGGCGGUAUCAUGACCGAGAUCUUUGGAUCGAGUGAUUAUUCCGAUGAAUCUCCGCCUUACGCAAGUCCGUCUAACGAUAGGACGCGUGGGAAUGGUGGUGAUGCACCUAUGCAUCACCACCAGCGAAGUAAUUCAAGGGAUCGGGGUAACACUGGUACCAGUGCUCAUGCUGGAUCCAAUCAAGAGGCCAGGGACCGAAAUGUCCUGCUCCACGCUCCCCAAGUGGAGUCUCCGUGGAUGCCGCCAUCCAGAGAGUUGGAUCGAGUGGCCGACAUGACCACCGAACGGGAUCGAAUCUCGUUGUUCGAUUGCAGGAAGAUUUGCCCACCUGAUUCCAGCACGGAAACUAUCCGUGCUGAGGAAGAGUUCUUCACCGACGCGUUCUUCAAACAUCGGUGGUACAAUGUUAGCCGUGUACGAGACGGCAAAGCCUUGGUGCAGGGAUGGAAUGCCCUCAUCCACAACAUCGAGUGCAUUGACCGUGAGGCCUGGCUCGCCAAACUUGAUGCAGCUCGCAUCAUUUUUGAGAAACGCAACCCAGUCGGGGCGCGAUACAAGUUGCGCCGGCUUUCAAGAGAGGCAGGAUUACCCUGUCUCUCGUGGGGUAAUUCGUGUAUAGGUUGCCUGGACAAUGCGAAUCGUGCCCCUGGGGAGGCCUACCUCCCUAAAAUUCCCUUCUGGAGGGCGCGCAUCUCUUCCGAGAUGGCCGAAGGGAUCGACACUUUGCAAUCCCUGUACUCGCACCAAGGACAUCAACAAUCAGCUGGGCACGAGGCUCCCAGCUGUCCCACGCCGGUGGAUAGCCACGCCAGCGGACGAGGUAGCUCGUCCGGACGCCAUUCACAUCGCAUUGGUUCAAAAUACUCUCCACUAGGAAGCGUUGACCACCGCUUGAGUCCACUAAAGGAUGUGGCGGCGGUGGGAACACCUGAUCCGGCUCGAGGGUCGGAUCAAGUUGAUGUUCAAGAGCGGAACCGUCUAACGGAACAGUUGCAAGAUGACCUGGCUCAUGAACGAUCUCAUCGUUAUGGGCUUGAUGAUCUUGUAAGCGAUAACUACAAUUCCCUAACGCACGAUCGUUCGGACGAUCGUGCCGCUUUUGCGUUCGCGCAACUUGAGAACGAACGUUCGACUCGUUCUCUUCGUGACGAGCUGGCUGUAGCCCGUCGAGACAUCGCUGAGCUGCGUGAACAGGUCGCUUCGCUAGUCGACCAGACUGGCUCGUUGAAACGGGACCACUCGAGGGUGGUCUCGGCUCUCGACCGUGGAGGUGUUCUUCGCAUCUUGAAACGGGCGCUUACUGAUAGUACGGGCGGAGACGACCAACAUAAAACGUAG